AUGCGCGCCACCGAGCACGCGCUGCGCGAUCCGCUCCGCGGCCUCGAGCGUCGUCACGGCCUCGCGGAGAUCGUCGAGCGUGGCACCGGGGUCCUCAUGGCCGCGGCGAUGGGCGGAAAGGCGGAAGUGAUUCGGACGCUAGUACGAGCGGGGGCGGACGUCAACAUCACUCGACCCGCACUAUCAGGUUUAUCAGAAAAGGAGGGCGAGACUGAAAGCGCUCUGACUUUGGCUUUGGCACACGGCCGCCCAGAAACAGCUCAAUUAUUGCUCGAUCUCGGCGCCGACAAGAAGACAUUCCAGUGGAUGACGCCAUCUCAGAGCGUGCGUGACUUGAAUGAUCAUCGCGUCCUUCGCAUGUUCUAUAUCGCCGGCGUCGACCUUUCGGCAAGUACCACCGACGAUGGUGAAACUUUUGAGUCAGUCUCGAGGAAAUGUCUCGAGGCGUAUAGAGGCAAGCAAAAUGCGACAUACGCGGGCUUGGCCAAGAAUUAUGCUAAAAUCGUGGCAAUCUUUGAUGGAGUGCGCGCUGCCGGCAGUUACCGAGAAUUUAUAUUACGCGACUACAAGCAGUUGCUCCGCAUUAGGUCUCUGCUGGCUCGCGGCCGCGCGACCAUCCAAUCCAAACACCACCCGGUGAUCGCGCGCCUCUUCGGCGGAACCAUCGCGUCCCGGGGCUCGCCGAAGCGGUCUCGACCGCUGGGGCGCUUCGCGGGCGUCCCCGACCCCAUCUUCUGGAAGGUCCUGGAAUACUAUCAGCUAGGCGACUGGCGCCGACCGUGUACUCUCCCGGGCCCCUCCGUGUAAACUUGAUGAA